AUGAGCAGUAAGUCAAACUCACCCUAGGGACAACAUCAGUCGGCCAUUGGAACUCAUCAAACCACUGACAACACUAAGCCAAGAGGGCCUUCACAGAGUCAACAUCAAAAUAAGUUUGAUGGAAGCAGACAAGGAUUCAGCAGAAAUGGUGCUAAUGGAGACAACUAUGCAGCAGAGAGAGGUACUAACCCUAGAGGCAUGAGAGGAGGAGCAAUGAUGAAUUCUUAGAGAGAUUUCAGCAACUCUAGAAUUUUCAGAGGGGGAAGAGACCAUCAAAUGUACCCAAACUCAAGAAGAGGAGGCUAUGGAACUGGAAUCAGACAUGAAAACUCUCAAAGAGAAUAGAACUACAGAGGAUAGAGAUUUGAUAAUGGAUUUAUAGGAUCCUCUAGAGAGAGACUUUUUCACCAGAGACCUUAGAGAAUGGGAAUCAGAGAACCAAAAAGAAGUGUCGAGGCAUCUAAGAGGAACCAAUUUGCAGAUGAAGCCUCUAACAUUAUUCAGCUGAGACAAGAGAGAGGAGUCAAGUUUUACAUUAGACUUGUCAAGAGUUUAAUGAAGCACAAGGGAUUUGAUACAGUUGAGCUUCAUGGCACAGGGGAUGCUUACAUCUUUGAUGCUGUCAAAAUCACUGAGGUGCUGUUGAGGUACAGCUAUGUCACAAUCUCGAGGAUGAAAACCAAGACUAUAUUCUAGGGAGAUCGUAGAGCUGCCAAAAUCGUUAUCUAACUAACCAAGAGUGCUGAUUUUGAGGAGCUUUACGAUAAGUUCUAGGAGAUAGUCAGCCAGAAGAUUGAGAAUGACAUAAAGCAGGGCAAGAGAACUGCUAGAGGCCCUGAAAGAGGAAGGAAGGAGUAGACUAAGAAGGUGACAAGUGAGAAAGAGGGUGAGAAGGCUCCAGAAGCUGAAGGCCACAAGGAUGAAGAAGAAGCACCAGACUAACCAACUGUUCACAAUGAUGAAAAUGUAGCUGAGGAUCCCAAAUCUGAGACUGUCAUUCACACUACACCAGAUGAUAUCAAGCCCAAUGCAACCACUAAGGAUCAACAAGAGCAAAAGCUGAAAGAAGGGGUGGAGACUGAUCAAGAGAAGAAAGCUCAGGUUGAAACUAAGAGCGAAUGA